AUGGACUACUCGGCACUCUUGGAACUCUUGCUGAACUUGGAAGACGCGAGCUCUGUGGACAGCGAUGAGGUCCUUUUGUACCUGCAGCAGUAUAAAGAUGGAUUUCUCCAUCUUUUGGACCUCAAGGGACCGUCAACGGAGUCGCGUAGGCAAGUGCAGCAGCGGAAGGUCACGACAGCGAAGUACGGCGUGCAGGAGCUUGACCCAGUUCCGGAUGUGCAACAGGCAUUGCUCCUUAGCGACGAGCUGCGGCUCGACGAAGUGCUGUGCGUCGAAUAUCUCACAUCGGCUCUUGAGGAGCGCGGUGUCUUUGGCGCCGAGUACGCGGCAGGUCUGUACUUGGAGGAGCGGCAGGCCAUCGCCUCGUAUGUGAGCGAGCUGCUGGGCGAGAAGGACCCCCCCGGCAAGCAGAUCUUGGUGGCCCGCUUGGUUACCAUCCUUAGGGACACUUCCUUGGAGCCCCGCCCAGACUCGGCGCUGCCCGUGGUCCGUGAUGAGGCCGGCAACCCGGUGGCGCGCACCCUGCUGCUGCAGCGGGAGCGCCGCGAGGCGGCCCGCUGCCUGCUCUACUGCUGCGCUCGGGAUCCCCACGUGGCGCCCGCAGUAGCGGUGGAGCUUCUGGAGCUGUUAUCGGGGUUGCUCAGCCGGCUGGGUGGAACAGGCUCUGGGGACCUUUUCCUGGUGGAGGAAUGUCAGCUGGUGCUGCUGGCCUGCUGUAGCGUGCUGUUGCCCCACGAGGGGAGAAACUUCCAGCAGGGGGCACUGCAGGAGCUGGCGCAGAGCACGAGGUCCAAGGUGGAGGCGGUCGGCCAGGCGGGAUACAGCGCAAGUCUGCGGCUGUGCUGGGGCCUGUUAGCCAUCUGCUCUCAGGCGGGGCCCCAGGACGGUGUGGUGGGGGUGUUCCAGCACCCGCACUUCAAGUUGGACGAGCAGACGCACCACCACGUGGUCGCUGGUGUCAUACAUCACGUGGUGCAGACGCUGCUGCGGACGGACGGGGAGCGGACUUCAAACGCAUUCUAUCUGCAGCUUCUGCACCGCUCCGAGGCCGCCAUCCGACCCACCACACACGGCGGCCACGCGCAGCUGACCUACGUGCCCUUCCCGGCCGAGGCGCCCGAGUCCCGCUCUGACCACGUGGGCAGCCUGUUGGGGGUGCUGGCGGACUGCUUUGAGGCCUUUCCUGAGCUUUACCUGGCCAAUCUGGCGGACCAGGAGGCAGGGCAGCGGCCCGUCAAGGAGUUCUUGGACCGGUCCAUCAACAACAACAUCAUGAGGACGUCGCCGGAGGCAAGUGUCCGCGUGCCGUUCCUGCAGCUCAUGGCGGCGUUGGCCACCAGCGAGCGGGGUGUGCAUCUGGUCCUCAGGCAGAUGGACGCCAUGACGCAGGUGCCUGCCCUGGAGGUCCUGACACUGCGCAAGCUGUUUCACACGGUGCUGAGCUACUGCCUGCGCUUCUUUGCAACAAUGUCGGAGAUCCAGCGGCAGCAGCAAAUGCAAAUGCAGGGCGGCAUGGGCGCGGCGCUGCAGGGAUCUUCCUUGGCGCAGUAUGAGUCCAUCAUGAACCCGUACGAGGCCGACAUCCUGGUGGCCUUCCUCAAGCUGCUCAAGCGCGUGCUGGCGUUCGGUCGGCCAGCAGAGGUCCUUGCCUUCUGGUCCUCUACCUCUGCGGAGCUGGCGCCCUCGUUGAACGGCUACCCGCUGCAGGAACCUCUUUUCCAGCUCAUGUGCUACCCCGUCCAAAACAAUGUCAAGGCCGCCUUGGAUGAGGUGCUCGGUGCGCUGGCCGCUGCCAUGCCCGACAUGGCCGCCAGGUUGUUGGCGCGACUGCUGCAGUGCACCAUUGUGCGGCCAGCCAGCGCAGUGCUGCCCACCGUGCCGCGACUGGACAUUGUGCAGCAGCUGAACGAGAUUGAAGCUCGACGGGAGGAGUACCCCGAGACGCUUGCGCUUAUCCGCCUGCUCAACGCGCUGCUGGGGCCGCUUCUGGCUCAGGGCAGCUCGCAGCAGCCAGGAGGCGGCAUAGGCUGUGGCGGCCUGCCGGAUGGAGGGGCCGACGUGACCAACUUCACCACGUUUGUGCAGCAGCACGUGCUGGGCCACCUGUGGAGCCGCGGCUACCGCGUUGCUCGGCAGAAGUGGGAAGUGGCCGCUGCCGCCUUCACGCACUUGGAACAUGUUCUUGACCUGGCGACCUGUGGAUCGCUGCCGCCGCCGCAGCCAGCCAGUGAGGCCGUGGCUAACCCCAAGUGCCCCCCGGGCUACCUGAUCAUGCACGACCUGCUGGGUGGUGGCCCCGCCUAUGCGGCGCUGCUGCACAUCCUGUCCCCCGGCUACACCUCCUUGACGGCGCUGCAAAGCCAGACAGACGAGGUGGGGCCUCGCGAGGCGGCAGUACUGGCGGCCCUCAGGGUCAUUAACGCGGCGUUGCGGCUGGACCUGGGCUUUGUGGAGAACCUGUCCCGACUUAACCUGCUCAACAGGUAUCAGCCGCUGCACCUCAAGCUGCUGUCUGGUGGAGUACGGCAGCUGGCCAUUCUGCUGCAAUAUGUUUGCUAUCCGGACAAUGCGGACAUCCAGGUGGAGGCCAUUCGCUUGACCAUUGAGCUAAGCAGUCGACUGCCCAACCUGGUGGAGGUGCUAUCGGACGCGGGUGCAGGGGCUGACGGGGCGGUGGUGGCGGGGGCGUUGCCCUUCGUGCCCGCCUCGGAGUUGGGAGGCACGGUGGGGGCCGCGGCGACGGCAGCUGCGCUGGCGGCCACGGCAGUGGAUCUUUCCGACGUGCUUGGAUCUCUGCGUCGCGGUUUUGCGCAGGCCAUGGCCCAGGGCGCCGCCUGCCCUAACGCGCUGGACAACUUGGACUCGCCUCAAGAGCGUCAACAGGGCCCGUACGGCCUCUCCGCCGACCCGCCCGACCCGCGUGUGGCGCUGGUGCUGCGGUUGAUGCUGCAGAACGCGGCGCCGUCGCUGCCGGUCCCGUCCGUCUCGCACUUGCUGCUGGGAUACGACAUGGAGCACGCAAUGAGCGGGCGGCUGGAUGAGAGCCUGCUCCUGCCGCGACAGGAGUACAGCUGCCUCACCAUUGUGGAACGGAUACUGGUGCAGCACCAGCUGAGAAUGGCUAUUGCCAAGCCCAAGCUGUAUAGCCAGUGCAUCUGCCUCCUGCACCGUAUGGCCUCGGCACCCGUGGGCGGCGUGCCGCUGCUCGAGUACCUCAGCCCCCAGAACAACUCGCUUAUUCCCAGCCUACGCGGCCUGCUCAACAUGGAGCUGCCUGGUACCCGCGGCGGCCCGGACGGCUCCGAGCUCCGACCCCAGGAGUUAUCCGCAGCGCUGCACAGCCGAUCCUGGUACAUGCGCAUUACGGGCCUGUUGUUGCUCCGGUUGAAGCACGACGAUAACUCCCGUCAAUUGCUGGGGGAGCUGCUGGCGGCCCCGGGUGAGCCCGCGAUCACUGCGGAGCCGUCAGGGCUGGGCGGACCCGCCUCCGCCUCCGCUGCCUCAAUGGCGGCAGCGGCUGCGGGCGGCGGUUCCGUGGCCGGCACCAGCACGCUGCUAGACACGAUGCGUGUGGCUUCUUCGCUGGCGUUCCCGGAGCCGCAGCUUUCAGACCUGAGCCAGGAGCAGCGCCGGAUGCUGCAGGACCUGAGUGCAGGCGAGGCGGGGCUGGAGCAGCUCCUAACCAACCCGUCGCUGAUGCAGGGGGCGGGCGUGGCCAUGACCUCAGACACGGGCGACAUCAUCUUCAACAUUUCCGCGCUGUUUGCACUGCUGCGCCAGCGGCUGGACGCCUUUGCGGCGCGCGCGGGGGGCGCACGCCACAACGCCUAUGUGCUGCUGGCGGGUGCGCAGGCGGCCACGGUAGAAGCGUGGCAGCAGCUGGUCCAGGUGGUUUACACGCGCCAGUACGAGCUGCUGAACACGCUAUUGCGGGGUUCUGCGGCAGAGGCGCUUUAUGACACGUUGACGGCGUCACUGGAGACAGUCCGGGCUCUCAUGUCGCGUAUGGACGGGGCGGCGGAAAGGGCGGCGGGGCCACUGUGCUCUGCCGCCCGGGUGUUACUGUCCAAGCUGCAGGAACAAGCCAUCCUCCACGUUAGCCUGGGCCAGGCCGCCGACCCGCUGGCCUCCGUGCGGCUGUACGCCGCCACACUUCAGUACCUGCAGCUCAGCCACGGGUCUAAGCUGGCUACCAGCUGUGCGCCCACGGUGUUGGCGGCGCUGCUCCAGGGAUGGGGCGCCUCGGCAGAGGCGGUGGCGGUGGCGGUGAUUGACCAGUCAGAGGAGCUGAUCGAGCGGGCCAACGCAGCUGUCGUCUCAGCCCACGGUGCUGCACUCGUGGAGGCGCUGGCUGCGGAUGCGCUCAGCGGCAGCGCACCGCCGCUGGGCCAGGCCGUGGCUCUGCACCUGUUGAGAGCGCUGCUCGCA